ACCCAAUCCUCGCCUGCUCCCUCUCUCCUCUACCAUAUUUCAAACCACCAGCUACUCUCUCUCUAGAAGUUAGGGUUGCUCUCCGAAUCCUUCUACUACCUCAUUGAUUCAGUUCACAAAACCUACUCCCCAUUUCCUUCAAUGGCGGUUCCUGCCGGCUGUUAGACUCCCCGAUCUCCGGAAUUCUCCAGCUGGUGAUGAGCUCCGUCGUCUCCGAGACUGUCAUUUGACUCCGAAUCUUGAGGCCGCGAAGGGGCGAGCUGAAACAGCAGCAUUUUGCGUCGCUUUGGUGCUUUCAGCUGGAGUAGAGAGAUCUGAGCCGCUGCAGCUGGAAAUGAGCGCUUCGAGGUUCAUCAAGUGCGUGACCGUCGGCGAUGGCGCCGUUGGCAAGACCUGCCUGCUUAUUUCGUACACUAGCAACACUUUCCCCACGGAUUAUGUGCCAACCGUAUUCGACAAUUUCAGUGCGAAUGUUGUUGUGGAUGGAAGCACCGUCAACUUGGGGCUAUGGGAUACUGCUGGCCAGGAGGAUUACAAUAGGCUGAGGCCAUUGAGUUACCGAGGAGCGGAUGUCUUUAUUCUUGCAUUUUCACUUAUUAGCAAGGCUAGCUAUGAAAACAUUGCUAAAAAGUGGAUUCCAGAAUUGAGGCACUAUGCACCUGGGGUUCCUAUUAUCCUUGUCGGAACAAAGCUAGACUUAUGUGUGCCUCUGAUUCUUUCACGAAAUGGUGUAGAUCUUCGAGAUGAUAAGCAAUUCUUCAAUGACCACCCUGGUGCAGUGCCUAUUACCACUGCUCAGGGAGAGGAACUCAAAAAAUUGAUUGGAGCUCCAGCCUACAUCGAAUGUAGCUCCAAAACGCAGCAGAAUGUGAAAGCGGUGUUUGAUGCGGCCAUCAAGGUAGUGCUCCAGCCUCCAAAGCAAAAGAAGAAGAAGAGAAAGGGACAAAAGAAUUGUUCCAUAUUGUAAUUUGAUUCUCCCAAAGUGGGAAGAAAGUCUCUCUUCCCCAGCUAUCCCCCUAGGUAACUUCUCAUUAUCGUCUUUCCUCCGAUCUGGCCCUGAAAUUGGGAAGCUGAGAAAUCCGUUAUUGUAUAGUAUUUGAGGGUUGUGUUCUUAGGAUGGAAAUUCCAGACUCAUUAUUCGUCUUGCUUUCUUACAUAAUGUUCUCGUCUGUAUUUUGAACUGCAUUCCCUCUCGAGCAUGCUUUCUUGUUGUGUCUCACUAGCUGAUAAAGAUGGGUUAUUAUGUCCUUGAACUUGUCUGAAGGAACCUGGCUAUAUGAUAGGAUUGAUGGUCUGGAGUCUUGACUUCGGUGAGGCGUGAAACCUGUGUUAGCAGUAGCACUGCACGUUUUCAUAACUGUCGGAUGACUUGACAUGGGCUCGAAAGUAGUGGGUGUGGUGUGAGUUAACAGUCGGCUUCUUCCGUAGGUUCAAAAUGUCUGGGUUUAUUUGGGUCUUGGUUUGUGGUUCUGGUCGUCGAUGACUGGGAAGAUGAAAGAUACUAUGCAAUGCAAGGAUGAGACAAAAAUGUUUUUGUUUAGGCGGACUGUUGAUCGUUCAGAUGCAAGUGAUCCGGGAAGGAGAUGCAUGUAUCUUGUGUUUAACGAAAUAGAGCAAACGAAGAUCAGCCAGCUGCAUGAACCCAGGAAACUUUUAUGCUCGACCGAGCGAGCGCCAUUUCUGCAUUUCCCAAGUUCUGGCUUUGUGAAACCGUAAAUUGAGUAACAAGGCAACGUUCCCCUCGUUAUUUUCCGGUGAGAGUGUGAAGUCAUUCUGUUGGCGAAAAUAGCUCCGAAGGAAAUUGACGGAGGUAUGGGACUACAAUGAGUCAAAUGUUUGAUCGGAUUUUUGCAUUAAUCACA